GAGCGGUUUGCUCCUAAACGCUACUACAACAUUGGUUCUGUUGCUGCUGUGUUGUGCAAUAUACUUGUUAAUAAGUGACCAUGUGGUCCAUGAGAGCUAUGGUUUACCUUCUACUUCAUAAUGCAUGCAUGAAGGCGUUGCAAAUGAUGAGUUGUCAGAUUUCUGAAAUAACAGCCUCUCUUCAGUUGUACAAUUAAUGCCUAGUCUUUGGUUUAGGUAAAUUAACUCCCUGGCUAUAAUUACAGCAUUUACGGGGAUAAACAAGGAUCAUCCUUAAAAAAUAAACACACAGACACACAACAUAAAUGUGCAUUAUUUAGCAGGUUCCUCUUCCAUGUUUGUGUUGUCAUAUUAGUUAGCCGAAAAGACCUGCUCCAGGAUCCUGCGAGCCCGUUUCUUCUCCGACAAGUGGAUGCGAAACAAAUCUUCUACAGGGCGGUAAUUCUGGGCAUCUGAAAUGUUCCUGUAAGGGCAUGAAGAAAAACGGCUUACAGAGAAACCAAACAAAACGGAGCAAUUUCACGGCCGAAUGAACCAACAAGGAUGAUGUUACAAUACGCCCAGCGUAUUGAGUUUUUAAAGUGCACUCACAAAGCAAUCAGCUCCAAGACAAUCAGCCUGUCCUUUGAAAAGGUGAAACAGUUCAGAAUGUUUGCGACUUUCGUUGUCGGGAUUGCAACCAUUUUCUAAAAGCAGAAGAUGAAAAGUCUUUUAAACACGAUAGCAAGACAAUACUUCAUGCAAUAAAUAUGCGCGUUACUUACAUGCUGCAGAGCUUUUACGGCUUUAAUCUGAGGUUCUGCCCAUGAAAAGUAUUUCAGUAUCUCCAUCACCUGCAGAUGUUCAAGAGGACAAUUUAUGCUGCUUAGCAGUACAGUCAGUGAUGGGAGGUGGCUUCCAUAACAUACAGUUAUCAAACAGCUUACUAAUAAAAUCCUAAACUCUACAUGGUGUUUCUAAUUACCUGUUCACUGGAGAAGUAUCCAUGAACCUGCUCGAUGGCUUUUAUGCGUUGAUCAGUCAGGACACACUGAAACAAGAUGAGAAAUCAAAAAACCCAAAAUUAAGAGAGUACUUCUCAAAAUGAAGUGUAAGCAAGCCUUACCUUCCUUAUUUCAUCCAAGACGAUGUCAAAUGAUUUCUUAUCCAUGAUGAUAACUCUAACAAAUCUUAUCUUUGUCUUUCAAUGUACCACACGAGUGGUAGUUCCACUAUCCACGCCACAGUACAGCACAGCACAGCUUCUACUGUGAUUUCCAAUAACUUGCCUUAAGAUGACUUAGCGUAUGUAAGGCCACAUAAUUCUGGCCUGAAUACACUAUUAAUAGAAAGCAUAUUCUAAAGCAGUCGAUAGUGGCUCUUUACAAUGGCUUGACGCGACAAAUCUCUCUUCCAUUUGAACAAUGACUUCCAAAAAGAAGCCACAAUGCGACUGCAGAGUGCACAGCCUGCCUGUAUCACAUAGCUAACAACAAGCUAGUUAAAUUUAGCAGCCUCAAUAACGACCACAUUUGAACUAUAAGGCGCUAGAAUGUCCGAGAGAUUGUUUUGUCUAUCAGUUCCACCACUGUCCUUUUAAGACCGACACCAGGGGCUGUUAAAAUAACUUGACGAUGAUGAAAUUAACACCAAAAACGCGACGGCAAUGAUAGCACCGAUGCUAGCUGCACUGACAGCUGGCGCUAGUAACGUCAACACAGUAGAGGACCCCUCAAGAGUAUCUCUGAAGAACGCCAUAUAUCUUAUUGUAAUAAAAUGUAAAGAAAAUUCUUAAAAUGUAACUAUUUAUCAACAAUAUUUCUAUGUCUAAAUUAGUUUUGUGUAUGUACGCGAAGCCUAUAUUCUGAGCUCAUUUUACUUUAAAACAGAUUUUGUUUUCGACAGGCAACGCCUUGGCCAUUUUAAAGCGGCAUACAGGAAGUAAACAUAGUCUGAGACGCGCCAGUGUUUCUUCGUAGAGAACAAUCUGCUUCUAAUAUCACAAAAAUGGAUCGCUUUUCAUGGUCAAAUGGUCUUUUAGAAAUCAACGAGACGUUGGUAAUACAACAACGAGGCGUCAGAUUGUAUGACGGCGACGAAAAGGCUAAACUGGAUGUUGGAAUUGUCUUAUUGAGUACACAUCACUUGAUUUGGAGGGACGCAAAAAAUCACGAAUGCUGUAUUUCCAUGCCACUGUCGCAGAUCAUCUUUUUUGAGGAACAGGCUGCAGGAAUAGGGAAGAGUGCAAAAAUUGUUAUUCAUCUGCACCCUGCACCGCCCCACAAGGAGCAAGGCCCUUACCAACACAGCAAGUUUUCCUACAUCAAGCUCUCCUUUAAAGAACAUGGACAGAUUGAGUUUUUCAGGAGGCUAACAGAGGAAAUGACUCAGAAAAGGUGGGAGAACACGCCCGUUUCACAACACAUCUCAUCAGCAAUUUCGUCACAGUCAGGAAGGACGCGCGCGGUGGGGAUUGUUGGCAUCGAGCGUAAGAUAGAGGAGAGGAGGAAAGAAACGGACAAAAACAUCUCCGAGGCCUUUGAGGAUCUCAGUAAGCUUAUGGUAAAGGCCAAGGAGAUGGUGGAGCUGUCCAAAUCUAUAGCAAACAAAAUUAAAGACAAACAAGGGGACAUAACAGAGGAUGAGACAAUCCGCUUCAAGUCCUACCUGCUGAGCAUGGGUAUUGCUAACCCUGUCACCAGGGAGACACACGGCUCUGGCACGCAUUACCACAUGCAGCUGGCUAAACAACUAGGAGACAUGCUCCAGGCCCCUCUGGAGGAGCGUGGAGGCAUGAUGGCGCUCACCGAGGUGUACUGUCUGGUCAACAGAGCUCGAGGCAUGGAGCUUUUAUCCCCGGAAGAUUUGUUGAAUGCAUGCAAGAUGUUUGAAUCCUUGAAUCUCCCAUUGAGGCUGUGUGUGUUUGACAGUGGCGUGAUGGUGGUGCAGCUGCAGUCUCACAGCGAAGAGGAAAUGAUCGCCUCAGCACUGGACAAUGUGUCAGAGAAAGGUUCUUUAACAGCAGAGGAGUUUGCAAAACUGCUGGGUCUAUCAGUUCUUCUGUCUAAAGAGCGGUUGCUACUGGCCGAGAAAAUGGGCCACCUGUGUCGAGAUGACUCGGUGGAGGGUUUGAGGUUCUACCCAAACCUCUUUUGAGCUGUUUGCAUCCAUCAUGGAUUAUUAGAUAGAAAUGUAUCAGAACUUUAAUGCAGACUGACUGUAUUGUGUACAAAACCGGUACCUUUUCCUCCUGCUGGAGUUUACAUCAAUAAGAAUAAACAUGUGAUAGAGAAAUGCUCACAGUGCAUCAGAAAUCCAAAAUGAUGUUGUAAAUAAAUGCCACUUUUGUCCGUUGUGUAUUUACUGCUCCAGGCUGCAUCUCAAGAGAAACGGUCCUGUUGUGGAGGUGAAAUAAACGUCUGGGGACCACACUUUGAUUAGAUCGAGUGAUUAGAUUAGCCUGCCAUGUGGUUAAUGAACUCAAUUCAGAGCUGAAAUUAAAUAGAGCAGGUCAUCCUAAUUAGGCUUAAACAUACACAAUAACAGUAGGUAUACAAAUAUUAAGCAUAAUGGGUGCUGUUGUUGCACCAUAUUGAUAGAAGGGCAUUGUUUAGUACUGUAGUGCAUAACCAGCAUGGCUCAGCAAAGUCAUGCAAUACAGUCAUGCAGAUUUGUUGGCUCUACAGUUAAAAGUGCAUUGCGUAAGCACAUGUCUUUUGUUCUUCUUUACUUUUUCGGUAU